GAGCCCACCAGCUAGGACCAUCAGGUCGCUAAGUCCCUUCAACAGCCGGGGGAGAGGGGGGUUAGGUUGGUUCUGUUACCGAAGUCUCCCUGACGUGUGCGGAGCGGAGGAGCCGAGUCUUUCAACACCCGUGGGAAGGCUUGAAACCCCACCGCGACGCACGCCGGAAAUGGCGGCCCGCGUUGUUCUACAGGCGCAGCCGCAGUGGUGCCAGAUCGGCGCCCCAAGCAGCGGCGGAUUUUCCGGGAAUGGCGCCGGGAGCGGCGAGAGAGUUCGGAGUUGCCGUGUGAGCCUCGCGCACUGCCCCAGCGCGCGGGGCCGCAUUGGCGCAAGCGGGCGCAUGGGCGCGGGGAGCAGCGCGCUGCACGGCAAUGAGCGCUGGCGCAAAGUGCUUUCCGCCACCGCCAAGCCGAAGUGGGGGCACACGUUCAAGCGCUCCUCGCCCAGGUGGACGGCAGCAGUCGUGCCCUCCACCAAGCCGCCCGCCAAACGCCAAUCGGAGCAGCACCAGGUCGACAACGCCCACUCUCGCCAUGCUCACAACGCACACAGCCACAGCGCCAGCACAAACAGCAGCAGCCCCAGCAGCAGCAGCAGCAGCAUCAAGGCGGUGGUGUCGGUGGCGAGCAGCCCUCCGCCCGUGUCUAUUCCCCGCGAGCCCGUCGCCCGGCGCCUCUUCGCGAGCUUCUCCAAGUCCGGCAGGAAACGGCCCCUGUGGAAGCAAGCGGGCAUGUGGAUAGCGGGUGCGGUCACAGCAGCCGUGGGCGUGCAAGUCAGCGCGCAAGUGCUCGAUGCGCUGGACAAGGUGCCUUUCCUCGCGGAUCUUGAGGUGCUGGUGGGCACGGGGGUGGCGCUCAACUUCCUCUCGUCCUACGUCACGGGGGGCCCGGCAAGAGCGCGCGUGGAGUCGAGCAUUGAGAGCAUAGUGGACGCCGUCCGGGGCACCGACACUCCCACUGACUCCGACCUGCAGAGCCAGAUCCAGCAGCUGCUGGAAGAAACCGCCGUCCCUGCUUACGCCGCCACCUCCCCCUCCUCCUCCUCUCUCUCCUCCGCUCCCUCCUCGUCCCCUGCGCCGUCCUUUGCUGCUAGAGUCGCUGCUAAAGCGCUCUCCAAGGCUGCGGGUAGGAAGGCUGGGGAGGACAGGGAGGCAAAGACUGGGCUAACCAUCGGGUCAGCUCAGCUGAUGGGGGAGAGGGGAGGGGAGGAGGGAGAGGGAAGAGGGGAGGUGGUGCUGGUAAAGAAACAGUCUCUUAUAAGCCGAUUGGUGGAUCUGGUGAGGGGCAAGGAGGUCAAGACAAAACGUGCCACCCUCGCGCUGCAAGCCGAGGCCGCCCGCUCCCAGGCGCUGCAGUCCCGGACGGCGGAUCUGAACCAAUCGCUGCAGGCCAGCAAGCGGGCGGCGCAGGCUGCCGCCCAGAAACUGGAGGAGCUGCGGGCGGCGAACGGGCGGCUGCAGGAGGAGAGGGGCGGCGCCCGGGCGGCAAUGGGUGGACUGCAGCAGGAGGUGGCUGCGCUUUCUGCUGACCUGGAGAAUCUGACGGCUGAUAGCAACGCCCUGAAGAGAUCCAAGGAGGAGCUCGCGUCCAAGGUGCAGGCAACGCUGUUUGAGAACCAGUCACUGCAGGCCAGGCUGGAAUCCGCCAAGGCUCUGCAGCAGCAGCAGGUGCAGGUGGCGGAGCGAAUGCGGGCGGAGCUGGCUGCAGCCGAGGCGCGGCUGAGGGAGAGGGAGGAGGCGCUUCAAAGCGCACGGGCGGAGAGUGCUGUGGAAAAGACGACGUUUGCCGCCCGGCUUGAAAGCAUGAAGAAAGAGCGGGACGAGGCACUAGCAGCAGUAGUGGUGAUGGAGGGGCGACUAGCCGCAGUGGAGGCAACCCUGCAGCAAGCCACGCAGGCGCGCACCGACCUUUUCAAGAACAACGCCGAGCUCAAAGCACGCCUCGAGGCCGUCCUGCAGCAGAACAGGGACCUUGCCACCCAGGCCGCCCGCAUGGAGGAGAGCGGGCGGCAGGUUUCGGCGGUGUUCGAGCAGAGGGAGGGGGCGCUGGUGCAGCAGAUCCGGACCCGUGAGGCUGACCUGGCGGCGCAGAAGAAACAGGCGGCUGCUGAGCUGGCGGGGGUUGAAUCCAGGCUGGAGGGGGCGCUGCGGAAAGCAGAGGAGGAGAAGCAGAAAUACAUGGAGGCGUGUGAUUGGCUGGAGAAGCAGCUUGCGACUCUGAAGGCCGAGAAUGAGACGACGAUCGCCGACCUUCGCUCGUCUCUAGCGUUUGCGGAGCAACGGGCCAAGGAGGAGGCGGCCAAGGUGGUGCAGCUGCGUGCUGAGCUGGACAAGCAGACGAAAGAUGCCGCCCGGCACAAGGCGGCGCUGCAGAAGAAGGUCGCUGAGCUGGAGGGCAAGCUCGGGUCCAGCCAAUCACAGCUCUCCAUUGCUGAGAAGGCCCUCGCCACCGCCACGGCUGCGGCCAAUCGCGUGAGGACAGCUGGCAAGGAUGCGCUGGCGGGGCUGGUGGUGCCGUCUGUGGCUCCUGCUAAGGGGGCAGCUGGAGCAGCAGCUGUAGCAGGAGAAGAGGAGGUAGGAAGAAAGGGAGGGAAGAGAAAUGGGAAGGCUGCCGUGGGGAUUGCCGAGAGCAAGCAGCAGAAGCAGCAGCAGCAGCAGCAGGAGGAGAAGCAAGGGAAGGAGGAGGAGAAGGAGAGGGCUCAGCGCAUGAGGGAGGGCGAUUUGAAGGUGUACGCGCGGGCCAUCUUCCCUGCCUACGUGGACGUGAAGGGCCCCACGCGGGAACAGUCGCGAGGAGUCAACGCCCUUGUGCAGGACUUGGUGGGCAAGGGAGCGGAGGAGCAGUGGGCGCGCAACCAUGUGGCAGAGGCGCUUCUCAAGCCCGCCCUUUCUGCUGCCGCCGCUGUGGCAAAGACUGGCACUGCUGGUGCUGAGAAGUCAGGCAAGAAGCGUGUGACCAAGGAAGCCCUUCAGUCGUAUGCUCGAGCCAUUCAGCAUGCGUACAUCGAUGCGACUAUCCCUGCGAAGGAGCAGCAGGCAGGCAUGCAGCUGCUGGUGCAGGAGCUGGUGGCGAUGGGAGGGGAGGAGGAGUGGGCGCGCAGCUUCGUCAAAGACUCCAUGCCCGGCAUCAUGGCUGGCGGCGGCAGGAAGUGAAGUGACUGCUAAAAAAGGCUGCAGACGUCAUGGGGAUCCAAGAGGCCCCAAGAGGCUCCGAAAGGCUCCUUGAGUGUCCAAGGUCCCCCAAGGUGCUCCAAGGUGCUCCAAGGUGCUCCAAGGUGCCCCAAGGUGCAUGUCUUCGCUUGGGUUAACUGCCGUUGACCUGGCAAGGAUGCAGUUGAUUGCGAAUCAGUCGUGUGGAAUGGUUGGAUUGGAUUGGAUUGGAUUGGAUGGCUCUAGGUGUGAUGUGUCGCGAUAUUUAUUUGGCAUGGUGAAUUGUCUUAACUUAUGCAGAAUGUGCUGUCACUUGUGAAAGUUCUGGCAUUGAGACUUC